AUCAGCCACUAUAUUAUACAUGGUUGUAGGUUUUUCUGUUUUCUGCCGGGAUUUUCCAGCCAAUACUCAACAUUUUCAUUCGCAUUAUGGAAAAGAUAUUCUGAUGCAGUCCUGGUGAUUAUUGUGACCGUUAAAUUUCGAGCAAUGAGAAUAUGUAUUGCUUCAGAUUUUUUCUUUCCCAACAUGGGCGGAGUGGAAGAACACAUCUUCAACCUGUCGCAGUGUUUACUAUCGCGGGGUCACAAGGUGGUGAUAGUCACCCACUCGUAUGGCGAUCGGAAAGGAGUUCGCUACAUGACCAACGGGCUGAAGGUUUACUACAUUCCUAUCAAAGUGUUCUACAACCAGGUCAUUCUACCGACGAUGAUCUGUAACGUUCCCCUGCUGAGGUACAUUCUUCUACGGGAGCGGAUAGAAAUCGUUCACGGGCAUUCGGCGUUCAGUACGUUGGCGCAUGAGGCUAUGAAUGUCGGGCAGCUUCUGGGAUUGUGGUCGGUAUUCACCGAUCAUAGUCUAUUCGGGUUUGCAGAUUUAUCGGCUGUAGUUACCAACAAGUUCCUCGAGAUCUCGCUAGCUAACUGUAAUCAUUGUAUCUGUGUGUCUCAUACUGGGAAAGAGAACACAGUUCUUCGGGCAAACGUUCAUCGGGACAAGGUUUCAGUGAUACCGAAUGCAGUAGAUACAGCUCACUUCACACCUAAUCCAUGCAAUCGUCCCAUGGACGCGGAACGCAUCAAUGUGGUUGUCGUAUCUCGGCUAGUUUACAGGAAGGGAGUUGAUUUGUUGGCGGGGGUUCUACCAAAGCUGAAAUACCUUUCCAAUGUACAUUUUAUCAUUGGAGGAGAUGGACCAAAGCGUGCUCUACUGGAGGAGAUUCGGGAGCGAAACAAUAUGCAGGAUCGAAUGACGAUGCUCGGCGGGUUGGAACAUUCUCAGGUGCGCGAGGUUCUCACGCAAGGACAUAUAUUUUUGAACACAUCGCUGACGGAAGCGUAUUGCAUGGCUAUCGUUGAGGCAGCUUCCUGCGGAUUGCAAGUUGUUUCGACUCGGGUUGGCGGUAUUCCGGAGGUGUUACCAGAUAGUUUAAUUAUACUGACGGAUCCAACGGUGGAAUCGGUUUAUCGUGGUCUGACGUUUGCCAUACGGAGGGAGGCUAUCAAACGACAGAUGGGAUUCGUGUAUAUGAACGGAGAUUUGGACGGACCAGGUCGGAGGGAGGAUUUACGAAUGGGUAGCAUACUGUGCCCCUUCGAAAGGAACAAUGUUGUGGCAAAUUUGUACAACUGGGCAAAUGUGACUGCCAGGACGGAGAAAGUCUACCGGAAGGUACUCCUCGAGUCAGAAUCGACACUCGGACAAAUGCUGAUCAACUGCCUUCGGAGCGGCGUCUGGCCGUUUCUACUAGUCAUUUCGCUGUGCCAUUUGAUGUUGCGGUUUCUGGAUUGGCUCGUACCGCGGAAACACAUUGACCUGUGUCCACUGGAUAACCCGUUUUGGGAAGGUGCCGCCGCCAGUCGUACCCGCCAAUCGUCAUUGAACGAUGUAAAGGUGCAUGUACACCCGAUUCCCAGCAGUUCCGGUAAGGCUUUCUUUCACAGGAAACGUCAUAAACAGCCGUACUCUUCCUGACGACCGCUGACUACCUCUAUGCCGGAGGAAGUCUUUUGAGUUGGGAUUUCUUCUCCCACCUUUAGCCAAAUAUUACCUUCAGUUAAGAUUAUCAACUGGGCUCAAACCAAUGGUGUAAAACAAACAGUUUUGCUAGUAAUACAACAAUUUUUAUAUU